AUGCCUCGCACCCUCUAUUUGGCCAUCUUCCAUCGCCAUCUGUUUCCUGCCCAUUGGGUCAUAUAUAAACCCAACACAGAUGAUACUAGCUCGCCGGGCACCAUGCUCCAUGUCGAAGGUGAUGUGGCGAAUGGUUUUUCCCACACCGUAGCACGCAACUAUGAUAUCUUGAAGACCAGUCGAACCUACACAAUGAUUACGCUCGGCCAGGUCGAUAGUCAAUAUGUCAAAGACUACCCCAAGGGCGCAUAUGUUUCUCUUGCCCCCGUCCAAGCUAUCGACAGGGUCGAACAGGUCAUUCUCUCGGUCCCCGCGCCGGGCAAAAGCCUGAGAUCAGCGACUUCGAAAGUGAAACAAUCAAACUGUCAGGACUGGGUGAAGGAGUGCGUCAAGGUGCUGAUAAACCAGGGUAUGCUCCCGAGCAGCGCGUGGGACGUAGUUCAGAAGGCGCCCCUCAACUAG